GUUUCGCAUUUAAACAAACACGGUCCUGCCGAAGAUGGCGGAGAGUUUGUAGAGGCGUAAAAGAAACUGCUCUACUCAAUGAAAGCGUCGAAGCCGGAGAUGUUGAGACAUUGAAGCAACACUCGACCCUGAAUGGAGCUUGACUGGGGCUUGUACUGGUCAAGUUUUCUGCUUUCAGGAGCUGAUAUGUGCUGAAAAUGAGUGGUGUAGGAGACAACUCGUUGGAGCCACUGUGCUCUGACCGCAAACGUAAACUGUCCACCUGUGACACGCCAGGCUUAGGGUGUGACAAGCGUCGGAGGGAACAGGAGAGCAAGUACAUCGAGGAGCUGGCGGAGCUCAUCUCUGCCAAUCUCUCCAACAUUGACAGCUUCAACGUCAAGCCUGACAAAUGUGCAAUCCUCAAAGAGACCGUGAGACAGAUCAGACAAAUAAAAGAACAAGGGAAGAGCUCUUGCAGUGAUGACGAUGUCCAGAAGGCGGAUGUGUCUUCCACUGGUCAAGGGGUCAUUGACAAGGACCAUCUGGGACCGCUGCUCCUACAGGCCUUGGACGGCUUUCUGUUUGUGGUUAACCGAGAGGGCAGCAUCGUAUUUGUGUCUGACAACGUGACGCAGUACCUGCAGUACAAGCAGGAAGAGCUAAUCAACACCAGCGUGUACAACAUCAUCCAUGACGAGGACAGAGAGGAGUUUCACAAGAACCUACCUAAGUCUAAUGCACCAAAUGGGGCAUCAUGGGGUGGAGAGGCACCCAGGCAGAAGAGCCACACCUUCAACUGUCGUAUGCUGGUGAACUUUGUUCAUGGUCAGAGUCAUGGGAUGUCAGAAGAGAGGCCUGGGGGCCAACGCUAUGAGACCAUGCAGUGCUUUGCCCUCACUCAGCCCCGGGCCAUGAUGGAGGAGGGAGAAGAUUUGCAGUCAUGUAUGAUCUGUGUGGCACGACGCAUCAUCGCAGUAGAGCGGACGGAGAGGUUUAGCACGCGGCAUGAACUGUCUGGUAAACUGAUUGAAAUUGAGCAGCAAACGUCUCUUAGCACCACUAUGCGUCCGGGCUGGGAGGACCUGGUGAGGCGCUGCAUGCAGAUGUUUCUCAAUCGAAGUGAGGGACAACCGUGGUCCUACAAACGGCACUAUCAAGAUGCUUUCCAUAAUGGCCAUGCAGAGACUCCACUCUACCGCUUCUCGCUCGCUGAUGGCACCCCAGUCACAGCUCAGACCAGGAGUGACCUCUGCAGGAAUCCCAAUACCAAUGAGCCACACUCUUUCCUGUCCACACACUUGCUACAAAGGGAGCAGAAUGGUUAUCGCGGAAACCAGGCUGGAGGUAUGAGGCCUCAAAACAUGGUUGUCAACAACCCCAACCAACAAAUGAACAUGGGCCCAGCAGGGGGCAUGAACAGAGGCUAUGGCAUGGGUGAACAGAGCAACAUGCCACAAAGAGGAGUGCCCCCGUACACAGGGGGCAACCGCAUGAAUCAGAUGAAUCCCAUGAACCAGAUGACUCAAAUGAAUUCCAUGCAUCCAAUGAACUCCUCCAUGAACCAAAUGGGGCCCAUGAAUCCGAUAAGCUACCAUGGCAUGCAUCAGCAGCAGCAGCAGCAGCAGCACCAACAACAACAACAUCAGCAGAUGAGUCAGUUCCAUGGAGGUAGUGGAGGUGGACCUGGAAGUGGAGGGUACGCGAUGGGAAUGACCAGCCCCCCCCAGGCCAGUCCGGGGAUUAAUUGCCCCCCACACAACGUCAUGGGUUCACCCAGAGUCCGAGGAAGCCCCAAGAUGGGUGCCAGCCCCUUCUCUCCCGGAGGUAUGAACUCUCCCAUGAGCUCCAGUCACCCUGGUAACUCUGGAGGCGGAUUAGGAGGAACCACCUUCUCCAGCAGCUCCUUGAAUGCCCUCCAAGCCAUUAGUGAGGGAGUGGGCAAUCCGAUGCCUUCCCCCCUCACCUCUCCUCCCGCUCACAAGCCUGAUAGCUCCCCGAGCAUCAACUCCACAAACCAGGCAGCAAGUGGACCCUGCAAACCAAUCUUCCCAGCCUACUCCGACUCCAAGAGCCCAGGCAGCUCACUGGGGGCUGGAGGAGAGUCUCAGCAGCAUCCACACACCCCCACCAGUGAGGGCCCUCUUGAGAAGCCAGACAGCCAGGCCAGCCGAGAGACAGGUCCGGCCGUGGGAGAAUCCAACCGACGGGUCCCUGACACCAAGUGCCACAAGAAGCUUAUGCAGCUCCUCACCUCCCCUACAGAUGAGCUGGUGCCACCUAAUCACACACCAAAUUCUGGUCCCUGCUCCACGCCUGAGGCUAAAAACGGAACAGGCGGCGUCACCAGCCCCUCCUCAACGGGAGUGUCCUCCUCUACGGGCGGAAAUCACGGCGCUGUUUCCUCCUCUGGCGGACAUUUAACAAGUCAGUCCCUGCAGGAGAAGCACAAGAUCCUCCACAAGCUUCUGCAGAACGGGAACACUCCCGACGAGGUGGCUCGCAUCACAGCCGAGGCCACUGGGAAGAGCAGCCUGGAUUCAGGGGCGCCUGAGCCUGCAGCCGCUGGAGGGGUUAGGGGGUCCGACUCAAAGCAGGAGCAGCACAGCCCUAAGAAGGAGAAGCCCCAUGCCCUUCUUCACUACCUCCUCAAUAAGGACGAUUCUAAAGAAGGUGGUGAUGUCAAGCCAAAGCUGGAGGAGCUUGAGGGUAGAGUAGCUCAGGGGGCAGGGGUCAGCAGCUCUGACCCCCACUGCAUGGAUGGGAAGGUCAAAUUGGAGCCAACUGAUGAGGCGGAGACACUGGAGACUAUUCUGGGUGUCCCAAGGAACAACUCUGGCUUCUACUCUGAACCAGACUCCAAAGCAGGGAAGGAAGUUGGAAACAAACCGGGAAAUAUACCUGACAGUUUACAUGAUGGCGUUAGAGGCCCCAUACUUCCAGCUCAGCGUAGUGCCUAUCAAAGAGCCUUGUCCAUGGAUGCCAAGCCCUUGGGUGCAGAGGGAGCUUUAGGAGGCGGGCUGGCCGGGAGACGGAAUGUCCCCUGUCCCACGUUGAUCAAACAGGAGAAGAUGGAUACUCCGAUCCGACCUGGGCCCGUUCCAAAUGGCUUUCCAGGGGGCAUGGGUGUGUGUCCGCCACGGGGCAAUCCAACAAGAGGUAUGGGCAGAGGAAUGGGAAUGCCUCAGAGGCCUCCUAUGUCAGCGCCAGGGGACUGGGGGAUGCAGAGGUCCAGCGGCAGCCCUGUGGCCGGACCAGGACACCCUGGCAUGGGUCGUUCUGGUCCAAUGGGAGGACCCACGGUCAACCGGUCCAACAGUGUUCCUGGAAAAACCAGGUCUAUGCUCCAGCAGCAACUCAUGGAUAUGGGUACCAAUGAAGCCAAUAUGUGUAUGAGCCCGUUUGGUACACAUGGGCCGCCUCCUCGGUCCCCCUCCUGGCCAGACUCUGCUAUAGGAAUGGACAGACCAAAGCCUAACACAAACAGGGACCAGUUUGGACACCCCCUUGAGGAGCUGCUUGGGCCUCUGGUCAACAGCGAGGGCCCGAGUGAUGAACGGGCACUUCUUGACCAGCUGGACUCUCUGCUCAAUACCACUGAUGUCAUUGCUCUGCAGGAGAUAGACCGAGCCCUAGGCAUCCCUGAAAUAGUAGGCCAGAACCAUGAACCUGAAGGCCACCAGCAGGGCCAGGAUAGGGCCCAGGGUCGGCGCCCGCAAUCGGAGCCCUUCCCAGGGCCGGAUUCCUCCUUAGGCAUGGACCAAAAACCCAUGUACAGCCAAGGCUACCCUGGGCCCCCAGGACCCUCCUCUAUGGGCAUGCAGCCUGCUUAUGGUGGCAACACAAUGCAAGGCCAGUCUCCUGGAGGCUUCAACCCCAUGAUGAACCACGUGGGCCAGACAGGGAGCUUCCCUGGCAUGAUGGGGGGUAUGGGUAACCCCCGGGCAAACAUGAUGCGACCUCGCAUGAUGACUGCCACCAAGCCUCUCCGACUGCAGCUGCAGCAAAGACUGCAAGGACAGCAGUUUAUGAACCAGACCCGACAAGGCAUUAAGAUGGAACAUGCCCCCGGAGGAAACCCUGCAAUGCAUUCCGGCAUGCAGCCUGGCAUGCAACGUGGAAUGCAGCCUGGAAUGCAGCCUGGCAUGCAGCCUGGCAUGCAGCCUGGCAUGCAGCCUGGCAUGCAGCCUGGCAUGCAGCCUGGCAUGCAGCCUGGGAUGCAGCCUGGGAUGCAGCCUGGCAUGCAGCCUGGGAUGCAGCCUGGCAUGCAGCCUGGGAUGCAGCCUGGGAUGCAGCCUGGAAUGCAGCCUGGGAUGCAACCUGGGAUGCAACCUGGGAUGCAGCCUGCAAGCAUGGGUGGUCAGCCUGGUUUCCUGAAUGCCCAGAUGAUGGCUCAGCGCAGCAGGGAGAUGAUGACCAUGCAGAUGAGGAGGCAGCGGAUGAUGAUGCUAAUGCAGCAGCAACAGCAGCAGGGGCAGGGCCAGGCAGCGGCAGCAAGAGGCUUUAGCCCUCCUCCAAAUGUCACUGCACCAGGAGGCAUUGACAGCCCCAUCAGAGGCCCCCCCAUGAACCAGCCUGGACAGCAGGGUUUCAACUAUGGAGGUAACUAUGUCGCAGGGAUGAACCAACAGGGGGACCCAUCAUUCAUGGCUCCAGGUAGCAGCCCACCAGCAAACAUGAUGCAAGGACGAAUGGCAGGUCCUCCUCAGAACACCAUCAUGCCAGGGAUGCAGGGCAAUCUACAGGGAGGGCCCAUGUACGCGUCUGGAGACAUGAAAGGCUGGCCACAGGGCGGCAUGCCUCGCACCAACACAUACCCACAGCAGCAGUUUCCCCAGCAGGGUAACCAGAGCCAGUUUGGACCCAUGAUGAUGAACAACUCCAUGAGUGGAGUCGGGCCAGUCAGCGGGGCCGGUGCGGGACAGAUGGGCCAAAUGCCAGUACAGAGGCAGGGCCAGAUGCAGGGCCAGAUGCAGGGCCAGAUGCAGGGCCAGAUGCAGGGCCAGAUCCAAGGCCAGAUCCAAGGCCAGAUGGGCAUGAACCCCAUGGGGAUAGGCAGAAUGCAAAUGGGACCUGAUCAGAAGUAUUGCUGAACAUGUGUGGCUGAUAGCAGAAUCUAGAGCCUUUCAGCUGCGGCGGAGUGGUCUGAGCCCCGAGAAGAGCCACACACACACACACACACACACACACACACACACACACACACACACUCUCUCAAACACACACACAGUAGGAGUUCUUCAGCAUAAAACGUGACCAAGGAUACGCUGCACAACAGACUGCUCAUCCUGGAGGAUGUGGGGCUACAAGGACAAACAUUGGGCUUCAUCCCCAAUUGAAUCCUUGCAUACUGUAACCCGGUGUGGGUGAGCGCAUGUCUGUGUGUUCACGACGUGACCGACCCGGAGCUGUCGGGCAGUAUUCAGCGUCACGGCCAGGCUGCAGAACAGGACUAUGGUACAACUAGCUGCUGCUGCACUUUACCUGGAAGCUUCUGUGUGGAACAAAGAUCGAUGCAAUAUUUCUUCAUCAUUACAGCCUUACUAGAGAUUCAAUGCCUUCACAACAAUGGGUUUCUUUUUUUUCUUUCUUAUCCUUUGGAUGCGCCUCAUUCUUGAAGUCAUCGGAAGCUAUAAGCACAGUUAACUAUGUUAUGCAGAUUGAAGCAAUAACUCUCGCCUCUAUGCUUUAGACUGUAACUGAGCAUCCUUACACCUGUUAUAAGUAAACAAAUGGUACUGCAGUAUUAGAUGUCUCAAAGGUCCUCUGUGAAUAUGAAUUGUAAAUAUUCUACAAAAUAUAUCAAACAUGCUUUUUUAAGGCCCAUUAUUGCACAAAGUAAGAGACCUGGUUGUAUUUUUGUGUCCCAUAGGUCAAUACCUAUUUGGUUGAUUUGCUUUUCUUUUUUAAAUGCCCUUGCAAAUAUUGCAGGUGUGUUUUGGGGUUUCCUUCCCUUGUUGUCAUUUUCUGAAUGCUGUAUUUUCUUUUAAAUUUUCCAAAAAGUCAUGUAUUCCAUGUUUUAGCAAGGCACUUUUACUUGUGACGAGUAUCUGACAAGUUGAAGGUCAGAGGUUUUAUUGGAAGGUGGCGGAAGUGAAUUCUGUCAGGACGGUCGACUACAUAAAACAAUAUGAUUUUGUUGGGUUGUGUGUGUGUGAGGUGAGCUGUAUGGGUUUUGUCUACAUUUCAGUGAAAACGGGAAUGCGCACUCCUCAGUGUAACAACAAGCCUUGCAAUGUCUGUCAAGUGUAUUUUUAUUCACCCAUCUUCUUUUGACUGUUAUUCUCAUCUUGCUGAAUCUACCUUUUCAACAUGCGCAAUCCAAAGAUAUUUUUCCACAUCUCUGUAUAGUUUCUGAGGUUUCUGGUGUACAUUUUUAAUGAUAUGCGGUAUAUUUGUCUGAUGGGUAAAUGGGUACAUAUCAAGGAUCUGUAAAAGCAUUUGAUGGUGUUUGUUCUGUAAGCAUAAGGAGCAUGGGGCUAAGUUGUUCCACAGUGGAAGGCAUUAAGUGCAGUGCGAAGAGGACUGGAAACUCUCAACCCAGCGGCAGAACAGUUUUUACAUCCAGAAAAAACAAACAGCAUGUUUUGCUGUGAAAGAGAAAUGCCAAUGUAAUGCAAUCCAUUUCAAGACAUAUCAGUAUCUCUUCUAUCUUUCAUGAAACAACUUCAUUUUAUGUCCAGAUUUUGUUACUUCAGGAAAAAUUAACUUUGUAGAGUUUGAAUGAAGUGCAGAAAAGAGGCAAGAGAUCAUUUGGUUUGGUUUUCUUUGUUUAGAGGUAAAAUAAGCUGUCGUUUCACAUUAUGUAUAUUACAGAUUUUUUCUGUUGUUAAUAUUGAUGUAAAUACAAAUUUCUAUUUAAACACU